AUGGCCAGGUGACCCCUCUAGUGGAGCUGUCUGCCAAGCAGGUAGCCCUCCACAUUCCCUUUGAGGUGGUGGAGAAGGUUUACCCUCCGGUUCCUGAGCAGCUGCAGCUACGCAUCGCUUUCUGGAGUUUCCCUGAGAACGAGGAGGACAUCAGGUUGUACUCGUGCCUGGCUAAUGGCAGUGCUGACGAGUUCCAACGUGGGGACCAACUCUUCAGAGUGCGAGCAGUUAAAGACCCACUUCAGAUAGGAUUCCACCUGAGUGCCACUGUGGUUCCACUGCAGACGGCUCAGGCCAAAGGGGCCUUCAACGUGGCCGUGAUGUUUGACCGUUGCAGGAUAACAUCAUGCAGUUGUACGUGUGGGGCGGGGGCUAAGUGGUGUGCUCACGUGGUGGCUCUCUGUCUUUUCCGCAUACACAACGCAUCUGCCGUUUGUCUUCGGGCUCCAGUGUCUGAGUCGCUAUCCCGGUUACAGAGGGACCAGCUCCAGAAGUUUGCUCAGUACCUGAUCAGUGAGUUACCUCAACAGAUCCUCCCCACAGCCCAGCGUCUCCUGGAUGAGCUGUUGUCAUCACAGUCUACGGCAAUCAACACUGUCUGCGGAGCUCCAGACCCAACUGCAGGACCAUCUGCCUCAGACCAGAGCACCUGGUACCUUGAUGAAUCCACCCUCAGUGACAACAUCAAGAAAACCCUUCACAAGUUCUGCGGGCCAUCUCCUGUCGUCUUCAGUGAUGUUAACUCCUUGUACCUGUCAUCAACGGAGCCACCAGCUGCAGCAGAGUGGGCUUGUCUCCUGCGUCCUCUGCGUGGCCGAGAACCAGAGGGCAUCUGGAACCUUCUGUCCAUUGUCCGUGAGAUGUUUAAACGGCGCGACAGUAAUGCAGCGCCCCUCCUCGAGAUCCUCACUGACCAGUGCUUGACCUACGAGCAGAUCAUCGGCUGGUGGUACAGUGUUCGGACAUCAGCGUCGCACAGCAGUGCCAGCGGGCAUACAGGCCGCAGUAACGGGCAGACAGAGGUGGCAGCGCACGCAUGUGCCAGCAUGUGUGACGAGAUGGUCGUGUUGUGGAGGCUGGCCGUGCUGGAUCCCACCAUGAGCCCCCAAAGGAGGAAAGAGCUGUGUGCUCACCUGAGGCAGUGGCACCUGAAGGUGAUAGAGAUUGUGAAGAGGGGCCAGCAUCGUAAGUCACUGGACAAGCUGUUCCAGGGCUUCAAGCCGGCGGUGGAGGCUUGCUACUUCAGCUGGGAGGAUGCGUUUCCCAUCCCGGGCAUCACCUACAACGGCGCGGAGAAGAAGACCUCAUUCUGCUGGACCAAGGCCAUGCAGCACAAGGGCAGCAAGCGGGGCGGUGAGGCUCAGGAGGGGGGCGGUGAAUCCCGGCUGCCCAAGGGUCAGGAGGUGGCGGGAGGCAAGGGGGGGCUGGGGGACAAGAACCGGAGCCCACACGAGAUGGCCGUGAGGCCAAAGGACAGCGGGGCCAAGAGGAAGGGCGGCUCGGAUCCCUCGCGUGGUGGCGGGGGCCCGGGCAGACCGGUGGCGGAUGCCGACAAGCCCGUCUACAAGCUGAGCGCCAACAAGUGCAAACUGCCCCAGGCCAAGUUCACCACCGGCAAACACUCGGGCAAGAGGCGGACCAGCAGUGAGGACAGCUCGCUGGAGCCAGACCUGGCCGAGCUGGGCCUGGACGAUGGCAAUCUGGCCCUGGGCGCCGAGGCCUGCAACACCUUCGAGUUCGACGACCCGGCCAACAGCUACAAGGACCUGUACCCCGACGAGACCGAGGGCUUCUUCCCCGAGAGCUACGAGCAGGACACCAGCAGCGGGCCCUCCAACAGGCCAAGUAGCAAGCAGGCGGAUGGAGCCAGCAAUGGGGAGCAGGCGGCCCUCCCUCCGCCCGAACUCUUGUCCAAGCGGCUACACACAGAGUCUUCAGACGGGCCCGUCGCUGGGGACGAUGACUACCAGGUCUAUUACCUCAAUCCCCAGGAAGUUGCCCAAGGGGAUGAAAAACCAGAGGAGUGCAAUGAAGAGGAACAAGACAUCUUCGCUGGAAUGAAGCCCCUCGAUCAGGAGAAUCGAAUGGAGGUCCUGUUUGCCUGUGCAGAGGCUCUAUACGCCCACGGCUACAACAAUGAGGCUUGCCGACUGGCCAUCGACCUGGCCAGGGAUCUCUUGGCCAAUCCUCCCGACCUGAAGGUGGAGCAGCCACAAACUAAGGGCAAGAAGAACAAAGUUUCGACUCACAAACAGACUCUGAUUGCAACCAAUACCCUGGCCAAAGCAGCCUUCCUGUUGGUGGUCCUGAGUGAGAGACUGGAGCUACAUAACCUGGCCUACUGCAUUGGCAUGUUCUCCCUGGAGCUGCAGAGACCACCAGCAUCAACAAAAGCCCUGGAGGUUAAACUUGCGUACCAGGAAUCGGAAAUCGUGGCGUUGUUGAAGAAGAUUCCUCUGGGGAUCAUUGAGAUGAACACCAUCCGUGAAAGGGCGGAGCAGCUGCGAGAGGGGAACUUGUGCGACUACAGGCCGGUGCUGCCCCUCAUGCUGGCCAGCUUCAUCUUUGAUGUCCUGUGUACGCCAGUGGUCUCGCCGACGGGGUCGAGACCCCCGAGCCGGAAUCGUAACAACGAGAUGCCUGGCGAUGAGGAGCUUGGCUUCGAGGCGGCUGUGGCAGCUCUGGGCAUGAAGACCACAGUGAGUGAGGCAGAGCACCCCUUGUUAUGUGAAGGGACCCGGAGAGAGAAAGGAGACCUGGCUCUUGCCCUCAUGAUCACCUACAAAGAUGACCAAGCCAAGCUCAAAAAAAUCCUGGACAAGCUGUUGGACCGGGAGAGCCAGACCCACAAACCACAGACCCUCAGCUCCUUCUACUCGUCCAGCAAGCCCCUGCCCGCCAGCCAGAAGUCCCCGUCCAAGCACGGCUCCCAGACCGCGGCCAACGUCCAGCAGGUGACCAGCGCCGCAUCCACCGCACAGACGGCCGGUGUGGCCACCCCGGCUCACAACACCACCGCCUCUGAGAACUUUCCAGAAGGUUCUGCUCAAGAGAAUGCUCAGCGGGCCCCCAGCGAGCCCCCGAGCGAGUCCGGAACCUUCCGGCAGGAGGGCAAGAUCCCGAGCCGACUGACGCUCGGCAGCAGAGGUGGCUACAAUGGCCGGUGUUGGGGAUCACCUGUCAGGCAGAAGAAGAAACACACAGGGAUGGCCAGCAUUGACAGCAGUGCCCCAGAGACCACGUCGGACAGUUCCCCCACCCUCAGCCGCCGGCCCAUGCGCGGAGGAUGGACGGCUGCCUCGUGGGGCCGCGGCCAGGACAGCGACAGCAUCAGCAGCUCCUCCAGCGACUCCCUGGGCUCCUCCUCAUCCAGCGGCAGCCGUCGGGCCAGCGGUGGUGCCCGCACCAAGAGCACAGACGUUGGCAGGUACAAGGGCAGGCGACCAGAAUGCCACGCUCCACACGUGCCCAACCAGCCCUCGGAGGCAGCAGCCCACUUCUACUUUGAGUUGGCCAAGACAGUGCUGAUCAAAGCGGGCGGCAACAGCAGCACCUCCAUCUUCACCCACCCAUCUGCCAGCGGUGGGCACCAGGGUCCUCACCGUAACCUCCACCUCUGUGCGUUUGAGAUCGGACUCUACGCCCUGGGCCUUCACAACUUUGUCUCUCCCAACUGGCUGUCCAGAACGUAUUCUUCCCACGUCUCCUGGAUAACAGGACAAGCCAUGGAGAUCGGGAGUGCGGCGUUGAACAUCUUGGUGGAGUGUUGGGACGGUCACCUGACUCCCCCUGAGGUGGCCUCGCUCGCAGAUCGUGCAUCUCGUGCCCGAGACCCCAACAUGGUGCGGGCAGCGGCAGAGCUGGCCCUGAGCUGUCUACCGCACGCACACGCACUCAACCCCAACGAAAUCCAGAGGGCACUGGUCCAGUGCAAGGAGCAGGACACCAGCAUGCUGGAGAAGGCGUGCGUGGCUGUGGAGGAAGCUGCCAAGGGCGGUGGCGUGUACCCAGAGGUGCUGUUUGAGGUGGCCCACCAGUGGUACUGGCUGUACGAGCAGACGGCGGGCGUUUCUCAGCAGCGGGAGCUGUCGGCCAUGGUGGGCCGCGGGCACCACGAGGGGGUCCGGGGGUCCGUUGACCACGGAGCGCUGGCAGACGGUCCCUCCACCGUCACCGUGGCAGCCACCGUGACUGCUACAGCCGUGGUGCCGGUCAUCACCGUGGGCUCCACCAUGUACCAGCAGCACACCAUCGCGGGGACGGCCAUCACUCACCCCCACGCGCAGGUGUUCCCUUCCAGCGCCGCCAUGACACACCCCUACACCACCAUCCAGACUCACAUCCCAUCUGUCUGCAACACCGCCUACCUCGGCCACCCCAUCCAGCAUGUCCCACGGCCCGCCAUCUUCCCCGUCGCUGGAGCCGCAUACCCACAGGGGAUACAUCCAGCAUUCAUUGGAGCCCAGUACCCCUACACUGUGGCGACCACAACACACCCGGCCAUGUCGGCCCCACCUGUCACCUUCGCUGGUGUUCCUGUACCCCCAAUGGCCCCCAUGGCCAUGCACCCCUACCAGGCCGACCCCAACCUGCCCCUGACGUCAACCGUAGCAGGUAUGGACCACAACAAACGCUUAGUUUACCGUGAGUUUGGUUUACGAUACAAUACAAUACAACUUUAGUUAUCCCAGGAACUAAAUUGUUCUGCUAACUGUCAUAAAAAUAAAAUACUCUCUGUCUCUCUGUCUGUC